CUUUUGUUUCUUCGGAAUCAAGCUCAGUUCCAACAACCUCUGACCAGUCCACGAAGCCUCACGACCCAAUGGACCCGACAACAUUUGUACCCCCUGGGCCCAGUGCUCCUGCUAUCACGAUCGAAUUCUGUGAUAGGUGCCGCUGGCUGCACAGAGCCCAAUGGGUUGCGACGGAGCUGUUCUUGACCUUCCCGUCUCCUGCUAUCAAAAGCAUCACUACCAUCCCGCUCAACACGGAUGAGACCGCUGGCCGAUUUCGUGUUUGGCUAACGGUGGAAAGAGAGGCGCAACCGGUCCUGGUCUGGGAUAGGAAGGUCGAAGGCGGAUUCCCAGAGUUGAAGGUGCUUAAACAACGGAUCCGGGACAAGAUACAGCCUGGCAAGUCUCUUGGCCAUUCGGACAAACACACGCAGGUAGCGGCAUAGACCACACCUUGUAGAGAAUUCCGUAGUUGUAGUAUCGGCUGCCAUGUCUGCAUGCCUGUAUUAUUCGCAGCAAUACUGUUUCUUUCUAUUCUGCUUGUAUGUGGACCUAUAUGGACCAAUAAAAUGGAAAUGGC